GUUUGAAUCAAGGUCAAGUGAAAGAUGCUCAAUAGGACCGCGCCACCUUGGAAUAAUGCUGAAGCCUCUUGCCAGGAGAUGCGAGGCUACGGAAAGCUAAUUUUCACUGGAAGGUGUAGAAUCAUCCACCAACCGGUUUUCUGUCAGUGAUGUAGGGAAGGUGGAUUCUCUUGGUGUAAAAUACCUACCAGGACCUGUGUGAUAUGACCCUGACAAGAGGAUCCUUCACCUAUUCCAAUGGUGAAGAGUACCAUGGGGAGUGGAGGGAAGGUCUGAGACAUGGUCUAGGCCAGCUGACGUUAAGUGAUGGGACGUGUUACACGGGUCAGUUCGAGAACGGACUCUUCAACGGCUGUGGGAUGCUGGUCUUCCCUGAUGGAUCCAGGUACGAAGGAGAGUUCAUUCAGGGGAAGUUCCAAGGCGCAGGCGUCUUCAGUCGUUUUGACGGGAUGAAGUUCGAAGGAGAGUUCAAGAGUGGAUGUGUGCAGGGAUACGGUAUGCUGACGUUCGCUGAUGGAGGUCCGGAAAGAGGGGGAGGAGGAGGAAGAGGAGGGACGAGCCACGAGGGUCUGUUUGAGAGAGGCCAGCUGGUGGGCAGAGAGGGGUGCCAGGGCACGGUGCAGCGGGCACAGGGGGCAGCCGCCAAGGCAUGGGCGCUCUCCAUGUGACCUGCAGCUAGGGUGCGCUACUCAGGGAGCACUAUCAUACUCACACCCUUCUUUUUCUUCAUUCAUCUCAUUCUGUUCUCUGUCUUUACGGUUAUACUCCUCUGUACACAGUGUACAAAACAUUAAGAACACGUUUGCUCUCAGAACAGCCUCAAUUCGUCGGGGGCCUGGAUUCUACAAGGUGUUGAAAGCGUUCCACAGGGAUUCUGGCCCAUGUUGACUCCAGUGCUUCCCACAGUAGUGUUAAGUUGGCUGGAUGUCCUUUGGGUGGUGGACCAUUCUUGAUACACACAGGAAACUGUUGAGCGUGAAAAACCCAGCAGAGAUGCCGUUCUUGAUGCAUACAAACUGGUGCGCCUGGCAGACUUUUGAUUGUCUCUAUUAAAAAGAGGAGGAUCCCAUCAGCUAUCUGUAGGCUAACUAUAUUUAUUUCUCAACUCUCAUAAUAUUAAGCAUAUUGCUUCGCUUUACAGUCGGAGUAGCCUACCUGACUGGCAUGAAAAUGAACCGAGGGAAAAGUGCCUUCGUUUGCUAUUCAAGUGCAUAUGGAUGACAGGUACAUGAUAACGGCCCAUUCUAAACCAAAACUAAUCUCACAAAUAUUAUUUAGCAUACGUAAAGACAAGACUAAAUUGAGAAUAUUAUGAUUCGUGACAAUAUUAUCCCUUGUGAAUGAUACCCAGUGUGUGCAAUCUAAGGCAAGAAACAGCACAUGCAUAUUUUUGGGGACUUUUAUUAGAUCGUAGUCGCAUGCAUCGAGUGGUAUGGCCCAUAGACCUAUAUGUUUUGAUAAGGUUUGUAUCACAACUAAAGUGGCCAAAAAACUCCAAACAUAGCCUCUAGGUCCAAGAACACUGGAACAUGGUUGGAGUGCCCAUAGCCUUCAGAGCCUAGUGAAACCUGUUCUUAUAAGCCAUCAUUGUGCAAUCGCCUGUGAAAACAGUUUUGACUGGACACUAUUUUAAAGAAGAUCCCAGCUUUCUCUUACUGCUAUAUUUAUUGCUUAAUUCUUAAAAUGAAGUACAUUAAUCCGCUUUAUAAAUGGUGUACCCUACUUGGCAUUUUAAAAACGUAACCGCACGAAACCUCCAUUCGCUUUUCGAGUGAAGGCUACGGAUGACAUGUAUUUUUUUAUGUUUCUAAAAAAUAAUUUCACACAUAUAUUAGUAGGCUAUAUGUAAAGACCAGAUUAAAUUGAGAAUAGUCUGAUGGGUGAGAAUAUUAUCAAGCGCUUGUCAAAUUGUGAAUGAGAGACUGAUGAAGUGUGUGCUGCCUGCGCAAGAAACAGAGCAGAGUGCUUCCCUUUCAUUCAACUUUUUUUCAAAUCAUCAUUAGUCGCAUCGUACGGCCUUCGAAUGUAUUUGAAACCUAAACAUAUAGCCCAGCGUUUGUAUCACAACUAAAGUUGCAUAAAUACCUUUAAAUUAAGCAUAUAGGAAGACCUGUUCCUUUGUUAAGCGCUCAACACAGAAUAGCCGGGUGUGUGCACUCCCUCAGAAAUCGUUUGGAAAAAUAUCCUUUCUAUUUUAUUCAGCUGUGUUCAGUUGUAUUGUUCUUAAUGUAAAAUAAUAUAAAAUAAUGCCACGGGAAUUAUAAACUAAUCCAGUCUGCUAAAUUAACUAGUGUAGCCCACAACCAUAUGUCAUAGCCAGAUCAGGGCCUUAUCAUAAGGACAACUCAGAGUAUUAUUCAGUUAUUCGGUUCUUCUGAAAUAGGCUACAUUUUCUUCAUAUCAAAGUGUUUCUUUAGACCUGCCUAAAAUUAAUAAUAGAUUUAUUGUGAUGGUGUAGGCUAUAUUACAUGGAUUUAUUAUACUUUUUAAAAUGUAGAUUUUCCAAAAGGUCCGCAUCAGUGGCGUGUAGGCUAUGCAUUGAAGUCGGAGAUGCUAAACAUGUUUAUGCUAAUUAGCGGUCAAUUACCGUGAGAUCGGCAGUUAUUUGCAUGACAAUCACCAGCUGACAAAAUGUGAUGACCGCCACAGCCCUCUGUGUAUAUUCCCUUCUUUUGUUUCUCUCUUUUCUUUGUUCGUCUUGAUCUGUGUGUUUUUCUCACCCCUCUUUGGAUCCACAUCUUUCUCUAUCCAUGUCUUUCUAUUCAUCUCUACCUCUCUCAUGUGUUUUCCCCUCUGGUAGUGCUUGCUUGGUGCGCUACAUGUCAUUAGACUUCACCCUCUACAUCACAGUCAACCAACGAGCUGCUGAAUCUGAUCCAGGAUCUGCUGAGCCAAAACCCACACCUCCUCCUCAUUCCUAACCGUUCGUUCAACAUACGGUGCUACCUACCUACUGCUAAAUGUGUUCCCAGAUCAGCUCUAACCGACAUCAACCGCAACUACUCAGGAGUUGAAACUAGUGUCCAAGCAGGCAGAGAACAUAUUUGGAUCUGUCACAUUUCCACCACAGGGUUUUACACCGGUGCUUGGCCUAAAGACUCAGACUUUACACCGGUGUCCCUGUGGAAAAGCAGCAUUAGAGCCCAGAGACUCAGUAUUAGAGCCCAGAGACUCAGUAUUAGAGGCCAGCAUUAGAAGAAUUCAUACUCUGUGCCACAUAACAUGGCUCAAUCUGUUCUGGGGUCAGCUGACUGAAACGCCAUUAUCUUAAUGCCAACCAACUGAUUGGUUGGCAUUAUCAGUGGUUCUCAAUAGAUGCCUCGCUAGGGACUGGAGUAUUCCCCUGGUAGCAAGCAGGACAGAAGAUUUUCCCUGAUCAUGUGAUCUGCCCAGGACAAAAACUCCAGGUUUUAAUUACUGUUGUCUACGCCCCAAGUUCUUACUGGUCCGGCCACAUGGUUAGGGAAAGCUCCUGUCCCUGGUUAUAGCUACUGUGUUGUGAGGUAGGGAUAAUGGUAGGGGUUAAUUUUCAUUGGGUGGUAAGGGAUGGUGGCCAUAUUGGGACAAAUGACAAGUGUGUCUGCAUUAAGAUGACACUAGUGCAAUUUGAUAAAGAUAUUUAGCAAUUUAACUUUGGGGUGCAAUCGUCCUUAAAUAAGGGUUUAGAUACAGAGAAGAGAAGACUAAACUACUGCUGUGUCUGUCAUAGGGUUAUGGGCCCUGGUCAAAUGUAGUGCACUCUAUAGGGAAUAGGGUGCCAUUUGGGACACACCAUCGUGAUAAAGUCAGACCGUGGAGCACUAGUUUUGAUUUGUCAACAACUUCAUCACACAGAAGAAAACCACCAUUACAGGAACACACAGAUUAACUUCCUGUAUGGCUGUUCCCUUCCUGCAUCUGAAAAAUAUGUCAUCCAUUUUUUUUACGAUAAAUAAGGUUAAAUGUUUAA